GUAAUACCGGAAAUAACACAUCAAAGAUGGCGGUGUCCUUAUUCUCGGGACGCAUUUUGACUCUCUGCAAGCAAUUUCAAAACGUCUUCAGGAUAUCUUCUGCAGUAAAGGUUCAGCAUUGUGCUCAAAAUUUGACAAGGUAUCAGAGCAGUCAUUUCAGUGAAAAGUCCUCUCUGGUUGCCUCAUCGUGGAGCCUUUCUAUCAGCUUAGUGGGUCAAUACCGAGCUGUUCACACAACCAUCAGCAGGAGAGGACUGGAGGAGUUCUUUGACCUCCCUGAGAACUGGGGAGAGUCCACUGUGAAGUCAGGAGCACCAUGGACUGCCAAACAGCUGAGAACAAAGAACAGUGAGGACUUACACAAACUUUGGUAUGUACUGCUGAAAGAAAGAAACAUGCUGCUUACCCUUGAGCAGGAAGCAAGAAGGCAAAGACUCCAGAUGCCGAGUCCUGAAAGGCUCAGGAAGAUUGAGAGGUCAAUGACCAGGCUGGAGACGGUAGUGAAUGAAAGGGAGACCGCGUUGCGUCUUUUGCAGACAGGACAGGAGAAGAGCCGACCAGGAGCUUGGAGGAGAACCCUAUUUGGAUAUGUCUACUGGCGUCGAUUCAGAGAGUACGCAAUUCCCUGGUACAUGAACAGAAGAUAUACGCGAAAGAAGUUCUUCACGCCCCCGUUCGUCCAACCAUAUAUAAGGUUACGCAUCGAGAAACACAUGCGAAAAAAAUCCAGGGAACAAAGGAUGAAAAGGCAAAGUUUGGCCAAGUUAAAGGAGAGGUUUCCUCAUAUGAAGGUUCCUGCUGCAUGAUGUUUUUGUACCGCUCAACCAUGUACAUCAGUUCUUGUGUUUUGCUGAUUCUUGAGAGGAUUUGUUCAGCUGGUCUUACAAGAUAAACAGUUAUACCAA